GUGCUUGCUCGACAAGCUUGCGCGACCAACCGUUCGACGAGAGCCGACAGAGAGUUAUCCGGGAUUACCCAUUCCGGGUUUCCCCCACAAAAAAAAAAAGAAAACCAUUGUUCUUACUCCUUAUCCAACACAUCACAUCGCGAUUUUGCUGGUGCGUGCGUGCGUUUCUCAAAGGGAGCAGUACAUCGCAGCGUUAUUGUCCCCCAGGGAGGCCACUACAGUUCACAGCACAGUUUAUUGAAUUCUAUGCUGACAGCCGAGGGCUGACUGACCGCCUAGGUUUUGAAGGUUAGUUAGAAUAGUUUAGUGUCACAGCGGACGCAGUGCAUGUCUAUGUGUGAGAGCAGUGUACUGCCGACGGGUUAAUUCUCAAGGAUACGGGACUGUCACAAGUGGGACGAAGGGACCUCAUCGUCUACCGUGUGCGUCACACGUUGAACCUGUUUGUGUUGAAGCUACGAGGCAAGCGGCAGCAUUUCACGAGCUCGACUGUGGCGCCGGGCAACAUGGCUAGGUUGACUCUCCACUCGGUGUUGAUUCUUGGAACCAUUCUUACGGUUCUAGGCUCCCAGCACUCACCGUACUCGCUGCAGACCGCAAUCGAUGCUCUCCAUCGCCGAGAAGCUCAAAUGGCACUGCGGGAAGAGGCUGCCGCCGAUCAACUGGAUGAUGAAAGUUACUGGAUGGAACCGACUGAAGAGCAACAACAGUUCCGUCCAAAUCGUCAGCGACUGAACCGUAUUCUGGCGAAUUACCUGAGACGCGACGAAGAGCCCGAAGAGGCCUACGAUCCGUAUGAUCUAGAAGCACGAAAGCGAUCUGUUUUUAGAGAGCGCGAUGAACUGGCCUCCUAUCCCACCGUGUUUCGUGAACGGGAAUUGGAAAAAUCGUACCCGCAUCCUGAUUUAUCGUCCGAUUUUCUAAAAGAAGUCGAUCGCCAGGCUGCGGCCGAACGAGAUGAAGACUUCCAGGAACGGCUGCAACGUCUCUGGAACAAGUAUCAGCAGGAAGAGAAUGAAAUCGAACAGGAGCUUUUUGAGGACGAACUGUUAGGGUACGAAAAACGGCAAGGAUUCCCAAUGUCACAAUCGGAACCAGCACCGCAACUGUACGGUCCACCGAUGGAGGAACGUAAACGGACACUUCCCAUCUUACCGUGGCUACCGGCGACGCGCAGGAAACGGUUCCCGGUAGCAAAACGAUCCGCGAAACCCGAUGCGAUCCCCUCUGGUACCGAUGAGAAGGUGGCCAAGGAUUUGCAAGCUCUCUUUGGCACUCCGAUGGAACAGAAGCGUAAACGUUCGAGUGAACCUUCUAAUGGCCCGGUCAGCACAGUAGCAUCGGCCACUCCAACGGCCAGUGUUUCCGUUACGACGACCACGGUCAAGAGCAAGCGCGAUUCGAGCGACGAACAUCACGAGCAUAGCUCCGAGGAAGCGGAUGAUGACCAUGAUCAUGAUCACGAUCACGAUCACGAGCACGACCACGAGGACUCGAGCGAGGAGAACGAUGGCGAUGAUGAUGACAAAAAGAAACGAUCCGUUCGCAAACGCUCCAACCUGGAGGUGGUGAAGGAAGAUCAGAUAUUGCCGGGAGAUAUCGGCGAGUUUAAAACGAAGAAAUCGAUCCAAUGGAACAAGUACUUCGGUAUGGAUCGUAGGAAAAAGGAUGGCCACGAUGCAGCCCACCCCGGUUAUCCGUUGAGCUUCUACAAAACGUACGAUCAGGAUCGCAAGAAGAAAACCAUCGACCAGGAGAAGCUGGAUAACAUGGAUCGGAAGCUGAAGGGCAUUGAGGAUAUUAUUCUGGACCAAACCGUCAAGUAUACUGGCGAUCAUGAAGGGCUCGUCGAACCGGGUGAGCUACAGAAGCUAAAAGACAAAGUGGUAGCCCGUCUGGCGACUGCAUACAGCAUCGAAAAGAUGCGCCACACGCUAGAGAAGCUGAAGGAAUCGGUCAAUGGAGAACCGAACACGAAAGUCAACGAAGUGGAGCUCGAUUUGCAGCGGGAGGAAAAAGCCAAACGUGUCGCUGUGAAGAAGGAGAAAGCUGAGUAUGAUCACAACCAACACAGCAUGGAAAACAACGACAAGGUUGCGCAUGAAGAGGUGGAAAACAAUCUUGACGAUGCGGGAGACGAUAAGAAAAAGAAAAAGCGAACCCAAAAGCGAUACCAGGAGGUUUUCCGCGGAUUGGAAGAGCCCGAAGGAGACGAUGAUUUUAACCGUGGAUUGGUAGUAGAAACAACUGAGUGUCCGCUGCUGGAUGCAUUCGAACGCCGAUGCCGAGGUGUAGACGUGUUGAGUGGCGAUAUCUACCAGGAACUGUUGCCGGCCUGUGGUGCACAUCAGCUUUGCUAUCUAUGCGGUGUUUCACCGAAAGUGUGUGAUCUGCAGUACCUUUCGGAGGCGGAGAAUAUUUGCGAAAAUCAAGCCGACUGCCAAUCGACCGCACGAUCGGUACUGAUGAUACUGCGCGGAUUCCCGGGCCCACAGCUGGGUCCCCGCGAGUGCGCCAAAAAUCCCUGCCUCUACAGGGCGAUGCUGGAGGUCGGUGUGGUUGUCAAUUGAACAAUCCACUGAAACCCAGCACGCCACCCGCCACCAAACAACUAUAACUAUUCGCGAACAGUCUCGAUGUGAAGUUGUGAACUUGUUACCUAUGUUUAUCAUGUGACGCUUUCUCCCGGCUGCUCCCUGUUGGUAGAACAACGAAGAGGACGACGGAACGAGACAAACAAGCACAUGGCAUGGCUGUACAUUACAGGAGCGAUCUAUACGACAGCACUGAUCUAUGGUUUUAGCCUAUCCCAAAAAGCCCAUUUACGCUAUCCCUAAGUUUUUGUGUGGGACUACGAUGAUCAGCAUACCGGUGGACGUGUACGUAAGGAGGCGGUGGGUUGGUUGUUUCUGGGCGUCCUAUGGUUUAAUGCCCAUAGGAGGACUCAUCCCCCGAGGCUUUCGCCGACGCUGGUGUAACACCUGCAUUUAUCUAAGUAUAAGGAGCAACAUUUUUAAUCUCAUAUCGGUAACUAUGUAACCGUACAACUGUACUUUAUCGAUGUCAAAGCAUAACACAAACGCAAAGCAUAUGAGAGUGAAACGCCGCAACGCAGCAUUUUCCUUCCGUUCCGUCGCGGCAAUUGCGGCGACUUUGUUGUCGAUCCUUGUACGCAUUCAUAAUGCAGUGAUUUAUGUUGUAUGUCCCUAUGCCCCGGCAGGAGGCACCAGAUACACGUACUCGUAUUCGUUGAUUUGCAUACCUAGCCCCCGAUACCCCGAUAGAUGUCCAUCUGAUAAGAUUUUUGUCGAACAUUAUUUACACUAGACUCGCUCGUGGAAACCACACAAAAAAGAAAACCAUUGGUUUUUGGGGGGCUGAAUCGACCAGAUGACGCGAUUUUAUCAACACGGAUGAGACACACUGUGGACGCACUAAUUGGAUGUAUUUUGUGAGUUAAUGUGGGGGUCAGGAGGAACUGAACGAUACGAAACACCGGAACGUACGACGCUACGACAAAGAUACUUUACAACGAUACCCUAUUCCGCUGAUGCGAUGCUAUCCACAAAACCAGGGCACGAGGAAUUCUGAAAACUCCGACAAUAAAAAAAAAUAUUUCAAACGACGAACGCGAUUCGAGAGACGAAACGUAACCGGGUUUCUCGCGGAGAAGGCAUCCGAGAGAUCCGCGGGGACACUUACUGAACGAGAAUGGUGUGCAGCUAAGUACUUUUACUGAAAUAAGGAGGAAGAUAAAUAUGUUUGGAAAUAUGACUAUAUGUAUACAACUACACUA